CUAGAACCUCUAACUGUAGAGAGAAUUAGCUCUGUGGUGUUUGCUGUCUCCAUAAACUCACCCCUUUCUAGUCAUAUACACGAAAUAUAAGCAUCAAACAAACACCAAGAUAAUGAUAUGGGCCUUGCCUUUGAAGAACUCAACAUUUAAUUGUGUUUAACCAUCCAGAAAACAGAAAAAUGGGACUGGUAUCCGGUUGAUUGCGGUUUGCAGGGUCCGCCAUGGAGUCGGAGCAGAUGCUGGAGGGACAGACACAGGUUGCAGAAAACCCUCACUCUGAGUACGGGCUCACAGACAGCGUUGAGAGAAUAGUCGAAAAUGAGAAGAUUAAUGCAGAAAAGUCAUCGAAACAGAAGGUGGAUCUACAGUCCUUGCCCACCCGUGCCUACCUGGACCAGACAGUUGUGCCUAUCUUAUUACAGGGACUUGCUGUGCUUGCCAAGGAAAGACCACCAAAUCCCAUCGAGUUCCUAGCAUCUUAUCUUUUAAAAAACAAGGCGCAGUUUGAAGAUCGAAAUUGAUUUCUUGGGAAGAGAAGAAACAUUUGGUUGCUACUGUAGAUUUACAUGAUUACGAGGCAGCUUUAAUUGCCAUGAUUCCCCUCCCCACUCUGGACGGCUAAGAACCUUCAGGACCACAGACCUCACUUCUGGAGUUGCAGAAGAGAGCAUAUCCCUGUCUGAUUUAAUCACCAUACUUAUUUAAUGAGUAUCAUCUGUGCAAUUUUUUUCUCAGAUUGUCUUUUACUUUGUUUUUAAAAAGACCUUCAAAAUAAACUGUUAAAACACCUUUAUUUUAU